UUUGUUUCUGCUCACUCCUUCACCAACUCCAUUUUAUAGUGCCAUAAGCUACUCUUCUCCUCCUACUUUCUUUGUACAUUCCCAAACUCUUUCUUCCUUUCUUUCUUAUCUUCUCCAAAUUUGAGCAAAAACCCUCCAAAGUUCAUAACUUUCUUAAAAAAAAUGGGGACUCCCUCACCCUCACUUUCUCAAUUCAUUCUCUAUAUUUUCACUCUCCUAUUCUUGAUUUCAUUCAACCCCCAUUAUUCUCAAGCCAUGUCAACAAUCACAGCUAUGACCAAAGAUCAAACUUCUUGUACAAUGUGUUCUUCUUGUGACAACCCUUGUCAGCCAACUUCAUCCCCACCACCCCCUCCUCAAAAUUAUCCACCCCCACCCCCACCCCCUACCCCACCCUCUUCAUCUGGUUAUAUUUGUCCACCCCCACCACCAGCUUAUGUGCCACCACCAUAUAAUGGCGGUGGCAACAGUGGUGGUGGGGGCGGUGGGGGAAACUAUCCACCACCGACCAAUAACCCUUAUGGUUACCCAACUCCACCACCUCCAAAUCCAGUUGUACCAUAUUUUCCUUUUUAUUUUCAUAGCCCACCACCACCUAACUCCAAAUCCAUGCAGCUAAAAAAUCACCCUUUUGUCACUUCUCUCAUAUUUGCUGUUACAAUUUUCUUCUACCUUUAACCUAAAGCAAGGAUCCAAUAUUAGAAUUAACUGUUGUAUAAUUAAAGUUUAUAUUUCAGCUUUAUACAAUGUGCAGAUAUCAAGAAGGAAAGAGCUAAGAGAUAGAGCAGAGGAGCAAGAAGUAGUGGAGCAAUAAUAUAUUAGUAUUGGCGUGCCAAUUAUUUUCAUAAAGAAUGGAUCUUGAUUGAUGAAAAAUCUGUAACUUUGACUACUUUGUUUUCAACUUUUGGUGCAGUAGAAUAAAGUGGCUGUGAGAAUUAUGAGUAUUGCUGAGCCACAUUCUUUAGAUUUACAUCACUGGUUGAUAAAGGUUAAAAUUUUCCUUGUUGUUUACAUGUAUUCACCCAGUUUUACCAUGAAGUUAAAGGAUGGAGUAACCUUCAA